AUGACUCCAGUGAUCACCGACUUCCUCCACUUCCUGGACGACCCCGACGUGGCAGUGGCCGUCGCUGUGAUCAAAGCGCUGACGAACGUCAUUCUGCACAGCGAAGCGAGCACGAUGAUGCAAAUGGAGGGGGAGCUGCAGGAAGCCGCGCAGCAGCUGCGCACGUUCCAGGCCGCCGACGACGCCCCCCGUUUCCACAAUUCGAUCGCUACGACCGCUGGCUGUCAAUUGUUUCUGCGUUACGUGACGCGCUGUUUCUUGGAGUUCGAUGACUUUGACCAUUGUCGCUCUCAGCUCAUUGACCGCGGCAAGUUGUUUGCCAAGACGUCGCUCUCGAGUCGCCAGCGCAUUAGUGACGUGGGCCACAACUUUAUUCGCGAUGGCAUGAAAGUGUUGACGCAUGGCAAGUCCCGUGUGGUCAUUGCACUCCUGUGUGAAGCUGCCAAGACCAAGAACUUUUCAGUGUUUGUCACGGAAGGAAGAAGUACUGCAUCAGGAGUGGGCACGGCACAGGAACUUGUGCAGGUGGGUAUCCCUACAACGGUGAUCCUUGAUUCCGCCGUCGCGUAUUACAUGGAACAAGUCGAUAUCGUAAUUGUUGGGGCUGAAGGCGUUGUUGAAAACGGGGGGAUCGUCAACUCGAUUGGUACGUACUCGACUGCGGUGAUCGCGCAGGCGCUGAAUAAGCAAUUUUACGUGGCGGCGGAGAGCUACAAGUUUGCUCGUCUCUACCCAUUGACCCAGCGUGAAGUCCCGCAGAAGCACAUGGAUGCUAUCUCUGGCGAUAGUGCUGGUGGUGGAUCCACUGCCAAGAUGAUGAAUGACGUAUCGUUUAUGAGCCCAUUCUUUGACUACACGCCACCGGGGUACAUUGCGCUGAUGUUUACAGAUUUGGGUGUCCUUACGCCGUCAGCAGUGUCGGAUGAAUUGAUCAAGCUGUACCAGUAG